CUUCGACGAUGUUGUUGCUGAUGAUGAGUAGCAGGCACCAGAUCAAUAUUACCCGCCUCCUAAACUACCCAUUGGAGGAGAUGCCAAUCCAGCAGUUUAACUCGCUCAGACAACCAAUCAUACACCGCGGCGGCCGAUCAACCAGCCAAUAGCCUCAAGAGUAAGGCGGAACUUUGCCAGGCGGCAGCUUGGGUGGAAGAGGGGCCGUACAAAGGUUGGUUUGAAAGGGGCGGGCUGCCGUUCCCCGCAAGAAGAGCGUGUGCGACCGCGGGGCGAAAGCGAGGAGCCGCAGCCGAAACUGAGGAAAGCUCCUCCGGCGUGGCGCCGAAAAGGCCAGGGAGGCAGCCGUACGCGGGGAAAGGCCCAUUGCUCGUGCAAAAAGAACUGAGUGGCCGCUGCCUGGCUGACGUGGGAGGGAAGAUUGCCUCUCCUCAGACCGCCGCAGCGCCUCGCGCGCUUAGAGGCACGGAGGUCUAGCGCGGUGGCAGCGGCAACACAGGCGGGCGGGCGGUCUCCGAAGAAGUCGCGCCAAGGCAACUCCUGCGCGCUAUUCACCCCCCACGCCCCAAUUAGCCCAUGAUUGUGCGUUUUUGCCCCGCUGCUACAGCUGGUGAACGGCUGGUGAUUAGUUGGCUGCUCGCUGCAGUGGAGAGGGCGCAUCCUCGCGUGGUGGCAGCCGCGCAGCGUCGGCUUUUUGCCUAAGAACUCCCUGCCACCGCUGGCUGAAGCGACGGUCUAAAGAAGGAGCCUCUCGCUUUCUCCGCCUGCGCCCUCCCUUAUUUUAUUUUAUUUUAUCUUAUUUUUUGCUUCCCCGUCGGCCCAGCCUGAUUCUGCCUUGAUCCACCGGAGCCGGAUUUCGGGUUCCAUCAUUCCAAGGGCAAAUAGCGGCGCCGUCCCGGCAGCGUCAGCGAUCCCACCCACUUGGCUCCCUCCAAGCAGGGAGACGGAAGAUGCCCGGGGCGACCCGGUGGCCGAUUCGCUUCCAAUAAAUAACGCUUCGAGUGCCGGCUCCGGGGUUUGUGGUGCUUCGCUAACCCCUUCCCAUUGCAGCAAUGUCGCCGCUGCCUUGAGCUGGAGGAAUUGGGGGUGGACCAGGGGGCCUCGGAGAGGCGGCUCGCUCGCGAUUCCUCAGGCCGAACCUUAAAGCACCUCGAAACUGGAGGGGGUCGGACAAUGAGCCAGUCGCUUGCCAGACGCCUCGGGCGCUGCCUCUGGGGCUGCCUUCUGCCACAUCUGCCCAGAUGACCAACGCAUAGGCGGGUUGCCUCCAGGCCAAAUUUUAAAAAAAUGACGAUUCUGGAUGGUUUUGCUCCGCUUCCUGGAGAGUAGAUCGCAAGGGAAUGAUGCCGCUUCUUUGAGUUCGUUUUUGACAGUCGGGUCCUUCGCGGGGAGGAGAUCCCGAGAAAGAGAGAGAGAGAGAGAGAUGCCAAGAUGCUCCACAGUGAUGAUUUUACAAAGUUGCAUUCUGGUUGUAGAGUGAUUGUGGCUUAAAGCGAGGGGGGGGGAUUUCAACACUCCAGGUGCCUUUUCCUCCUCUGUCUCCUUUUUCUAUGCAUGCUGCCGUGGUGGAUUUGAAUUCUUGAUGCGCCAGCGAACUGCCAAAACACCGGGGACUUGGGUGGGAAAAUGACAGAAGGGGAAUCCUUGCCAGAGAGUCCUCCUUUCUCUGGGAGGGGAGGGAAACUUGCUUCCUGGUCAGCUCUGUGUGGCUAUAUAAAUCCUGUGUGAGGAAACAUUGGACUCCUGGGAAGGGAAGGAGACCCAAGUGGCUUUCCAGCUGGCAACUAAGAGAGAUUUGAGUAUUAUUGGGGACAUUGUUGGAUCUGGUUCUGGAUUUGAGGUUUGGUCUGCUGCCCUUGCUUCCACCCUCCUGUUCAUUGGUGGAGAGAUGCUGUUUGGAAGAGCCUGAGAGAUGCUGUUUGGUUCUGUGCCAUGAACCACCCAAUGUCUUCUGGUUGAUUUCCUCCCACCCUCUCGUUGGUUUCCUGGAAUUCCUGCCCUUCCUCUGCUGCCCCAGCAGGGCAUGUCCCGCUCCAACAGCGUGAGCCCUCCGGGGUUUGGAGUUCCUGCUGUGCCCAGGGGUGGAGGGGCAGAGUCACAUCGCUCUGCCUGGGGAGAAGCUGAAUCCAGAGCCAAUGGCUACUCCUACCCUCUCCCUACCAGGGCCUCUGUCAAGGAAUCUUCCAGAAUGGCAAGCAGGUGGAGAAAUGAGGAGGACUAUGAUCUGCCAGGUAGCAGGAACCAUGGGGUAAGUGGCUGCAGGAUGAUGAGCUUCAGAUCCAAAUCUGCUUGGCAGGAUCGGAGUGGAGACAAGAGCCAGCAUUCCUGUUGGGCAGGAGGCCCCUCCCUUGCCCCAAGUCCGAGACACUAUGGUAGUGAGCAGGGUGAGGUGCGUCCACGUUCUGUGGAGCUGGGACUCGAGGAGAAACGGAUCAAGGCCAAGAUCGACGAGCUGGAGGAGGAGGAGGAGCAGGGGGUUGAUGAAGGGGGGUCCGAGAUGAUCUUCUCAAUGGGCAGCUGUUGUGGAAGCCUGCUGCAAAUCUUCAGGUCUAAGAAGUUCCAGUCAGAGAAGUUGGAGCACCUCUACCAGCGGUAUUUUUUCCGUCUCAACCAGAGCAGCCUGACCAUGCUGAUGGCAGUGCUAGUCUUGGUCUGCCUGGUCAUGCUGCUCUUCCACACUGUUCAUGGUCACUACCAGGUACCCUACGUGGUGGUGCUGUCCCUGGCCAUCCUACUAAUGGUAUCCCUGGGGGCCGUCUGCAACCGUAAUGAUUUCCACCAGGACCACAUGUGGCUCAUGUGCUACUCUGUCAUCCUUGUGGUGUUAGCUGUGCAAGUGGUUGGCUGCUUGCUAAUGCAGCCCAGAAGUGCUUCAGAGGGCAUCUGGUGGACCAUCUUUUUUAUCUACAGCAUCUACACUUUGCUACCCAUCAGGAUGAGGGCAGCAGUCAUCAGUGGUGUGGUAUUGUCUGCCAUCCACCUGGCCAUUUCUCUCAAAAUCAAUGCAGAAGACAAGGUCUUAUUAAAACAGCUGGUGUCCAACAUCCUCAUCUUCAUCUGCACAAACAUUGUAGGAGUGUGUACACACUAUCCAGCUGAGGUGUCCCAAAGACAGGCCUUUCAGGAAACAAGGGAAUGCAUUCAAGCUCGCCUACAUUCUCAGAGGGAAAACCAGCAGCAGGAGCGUCUCCUGCUUUCUGUACUGCCUCGCCAUGUUGCCAUGGAGAUGAAAGCUGACAUUAAUGCCAAAAAAGAAGAUAUGAUGUUUCAUAAAAUUUAUAUCCAGAAACAUGACAAUGUCAGCAUCCUCUUUGCAGACAUUGAGGGUUUUACCAGUCUCGCUUCCCAGUGUACUGCUCAGGAGUUGGUCAUGACACUGAAUGAACUCUUUGCCAGAUUUGAUAAGCUUGCUGCUGAGAAUCACUGUUUACGUAUAAAAAUCUUAGGUGAUUGCUAUUACUGUGUAUCUGGAUUACCUGAGGCGAGAGCAGACCAUGCACACUGUUGUGUUGAAAUGGGAAUGGAUAUGAUAGAAGCCAUUUCAUUAGUACGAGAAGUGACGGGCGUCAAUGUGAAUAUGCGAGUUGGAAUCCACAGUGGGAGAGUUCACUGCGGAGUCUUGGGCCUCAGGAAAUGGCAGUUUGAUGUGUGGUCAAAUGAUGUCACGUUAGCCAAUCACAUGGAAGCUGGUGGCAAAGCAGGACGAAUCCACAUAACAAAAGCUACGCUAAACUACCUGAAUGGCGAUUAUGAAGUGGAGCCGGGCUUUGGAGGGGAACGCAAUGCUUACCUCAAGGAGCAUAGUAUAGAGACUUUCCUCAUUGUCCAAUGCAGCCAAAAACGGAAAGAUGAGAAAGCAACAAUAGCCAAAAUGAAUCGCCAACGUACUAAUUCCAUUGGUCACAACCCACCACACUGGGGAGUAGAUCGCUCUUUUUAUAAUCACUUAAGCACCAGUCAAGUUUCUAAAGAGAUGAAAAGAAUGGGUUUUGAAGAUCCAAAAGACAAAAAUAUCCAGGAAAGCAUGAAUCCAGAAGACGAGGUGGAUGAGUUUCUGGGUCGUGCAAUUGAUGCAAGAAGUAUCGACCGGUUACGUUCAGAGCACGUUCGCAAGUUUCUGUUAACGUUCAGGGAGCUUGACUUGGAGAAAAAGUAUUCCAAACAGGUGGAUGAUCGAUUUGGUACAUAUGUGGCUUGUGCUUCCCUAGUCUUCCUCUUCAUUUGCUUUGUUCAGAUCACAAUAGUGCCACACUCAGUGUUCAUGCUGGCGUUUUACCUAUCCUGUUUUGUGAUAUUGACCACACUAGUGUUUGUUUCGGUCAUUUACUCCUGUGUAAAGCUGUUUCCAGGUCCACUCCAGACUCUUUCACGGAAGAUUGUUCAGUCCAGGAUCAAUAACACCCUAGUUGGAGUCUUCACUAUUGUAUUGAUUUUCCUCUCAGCCUUUGUCAAUAUGUUCACCUGUAGUACUGUGGACCUUCUUGACUGUAUAGCUGCAGAGUAUAAUCUCACUCUUCCUGAGGUGAAUUUGUGCCAUAUUAGCUAUUCCAAUUAUAGCUUGGAAACCACAGAAGGAUUCUGUGCUACUUCCCAGCCAAACUGUAACUUUCCAGAGUACUUCACCUACAGUGUUUUACUGACCCUCCUGGCUUGCUCCGUGUUCCUUCAGAUCAGCUGCAUUGGGAAACUCAUUUUGAUGUUGAUUAUUGAAUUUAUAUAUGUCCUCAUUGUGGAAGUGCCAGGCCUUACCCUCUUCGAUAAUGCAGACCUUCUGGUUACAGCCAAUGCCAUAAAAACAAGCGUGUUUUCCAAUGAGACUGAGAAUGGAAUAUGUCCUUCCAAUGUGUCCAGGGUUGCUUUGAAGAUUGUAACCCCUGUUGUCAUCACUGUUUUUGUCUUGGCGGUCUAUCUACAUGCACAGCAGGUGGAAUCCACAGCGAGGCUGGAUUUCCUUUGGAAGCUUCAGGCUACUGAAGAAAAGGAGGAGAUGGAGGAGCUGCAGGCCUACAACAGACGGCUUCUCCAUAAUAUCUUGCCAAAGGAUGUAGCAGCCCACUUUCUUGCACAGGAGCGGAGAAACGAUGAACUGUAUUAUCAGUCCUGUGAAUGUGUGGCUGUCAUGUUUGCUUCCAUCAGCAACUUCUCAGAAUUCUACGUGGAGCUGGAGGCCAAUAAUGAAGGGGUGGAGUGCUUGAGGCUCCUCAAUGAAAUCAUUGCUGAUUUUGAUGAGAUAAUAAGUGAAGACCAAUUUCGACAGCUGGAAAAGAUCAAAACAAUAGGGAGCACAUAUAUGGCUGCUUCGGGUCUUAAUGAUUCCACCUAUGACAAGGUGGGCAAAACGCAUAUCAAGGCCCUGGCGGACUUUGCAAUGAGGCUAAUGGAUCAAAUGAAAUACAUCAAUGAGCAUUCGUUCAACAAUUUCCAGAUGAAAAUAGGGCUCAAUAUUGGUCCUGUAGUAGCAGGAGUCAUAGGUGCACGUAAGCCCCAGUAUGAUAUUUGGGGCAACACUGUGAAUGUAGCUAGUCGAAUGGACAGUACAGGAGUCCCUGAUAGGAUUCAGGUCACCACAGACAUGUAUCAGGUCUUAACCAUCAACAACUACCAACUAGAAUGCCGAGGGGUUGUGAAAGUCAAAGGUAAAGGAGAAAUGACCACCUACUUCCUAAAUGAAGGCCCAUCAGCAAGUUAGCGACAGUGGGCAAGGAUGACUCCAUUGAUUCAAACACAAUAGCAAGUUGGAGAAAAUGUCACUGUUUCACAGUGAAGCUAAUCCCAAGGCACAGUUGAGUAUUUCAUGCGAUGCCUUUUUAGUAGGAUUGUGUGCAAAGGGGAAAAAAAAGAAACACAGCUUGGGCUGCCUAGCACACACACUUCAGAAGUCACCUAGCACUACUGCAGACCUUUUUCCGAAAGUAGAACGUUAAGUGAAUUGACCAAAGAUGUAUGUUUAGUGGAAUGUGGAGAUGAAGAGGUGGAUUUGAGAUCUUCGUUGUGGCUGCUACACAGGACUUAAAACUAUUUAAGUAUUUAUUUGAAGUAACACAGUGUUUUUACUUGGUGGAAGGAAAGUAUGAUUCAUUGCAACAAAAAGGAAAACUAAAAUGAACAGCAUUAUUUUGGAAAGGCUGUGCACUCCCAUACUAUUUCUGGUCUGUGCUGUCAGCUCCUUGAAUGUGCCACUGUUCUUAUCUUAGCUGUUUGAGUGGGCUUUUAAAAUGGAAGUUGUUGCCCACUGUAACUCUUUACAAAGGGCCUUUUUAAAUUAUGCCAUCGGUAAUGUUUUUAAAUGGAAAAGUUGCCUUGUUAUGUACUCUUGCUAUCCCUAACCCUUACACAAAUGUGAGGCUUUCUCAUUUUAACAAGAGAGGUCUGUUUAAAGGAGGGAGAGUUAAUUGUUUAAAGUGAGGAAAAAGAAUUUUUCAUAUGUAUUUAUUAAAUGAAAAGACCUUCUAACUCCUAUUGGUGCAUUUUGGUUCACAGGUGAAUGACUAGCUGUUAAAUCUUCCUGUGGGUUGGGGAGAUUUUUCUGAUACGUGUGGGAUUAUUGGUUUGGGAGGUUUUGUAUUUUGUAAUAUGGGAAACACUGACGCUAAUAAAUAUACCAAAAUUCUAUAUUUUGAAAAUUUUGUGUAUUAAAAUUUCAUCCCAAUUGUGCAACAGUGAUCAGCUUGUGUAUCUGCUAGAACGCAGUACACAUAACCGCUAUGUGAAAAGGUGUAGAAAAAGGAGAGACUCACAUGCAGCAGUCUAAGCAAGCACUGAGCAUCUGGUACAGCUGCUUUUAUCUUUUGGGUUGAGCAAUCUUGAUCCAUUCAUACACGCACCAUAGUUGAUUGCACCUGACAUACAUUCCCUUCGCUGACAUAAUCUGCCUGGGAGGAGAGGGGAAACGGGGACUCCGGGUUGGGCCCCUUUGCCUGAGAGCUGAUCGGUGAGAGAUCUUUCCUUCGGUCUCUCUCUUAAUUUAGCUGGCAGGGAGAAGCCUCUUGCUGAGUGAGCAUGAAAUUGAGUCAGAACUGGUGGCUGUGCACACAACAGCAUCUUGGGAGGUGUACAUAAGCUAUAAAAUCGUGGAUGUUCUUUUUGUUCUUUUCAGAGUUGCAGACUUGGCAGUUUUCAAUUUCUGUGCAGUCGAGGAAGCAAGCAGAAGCUUAAAAGGGGCUCCAGGAUAAAAAUAAAAAUAAAAUGCAGGUUAUGAGACCUUAGGCUAAAAAAAACAAAGAAAAGCAAGAACUAGCCCAAAUAAAGUUAAAGAUAAAAUGUAUCCCCAAUUUGGAAAUAGCUUUUGAAAUGUAAGUGAAUGACACUGGGAUAAAAACAAUUUCCAAUAUUCAAAGAACCAAAAUAAAAAAAAAUCAAAAUAUUUAAUGAUUUAAUAAUGUGCAACGAAUUGCUGUGGAAUAUUGUCUAGAAAUGUUGCUGUUAUGAAGAGGUGGGGAAUUAAAUUCUACUUUCAAUUCACUGAACUGGCAUUUAGUUUAAAAAAAGCUUGGGAAAGUUUGGAUUUUUUUUUUUUUUUUGUCUAUAACACAACAAAAUUGAUUGCGGAAUUCUGGGAUGGCCUAACAAUUUUUUAAGAAAAGGAGGACUGAUACGCAUUUAUAAAUAGGUUCAUCAUGAAUUUUCAAUGCCCAUACAUUUUAUCAAAAUAUUCAAGUGUAGAAAGCAUAUAUUUUUAUAUUUCAAUACAAGAAUUUAUAUUGAACCUGGCUAGCUCCAAAAUUAAUAACCUUUGACAGAUUUUUUUCUACUUUUCAAGAUAGAUUUUUAGUAAUAUUAAUAAGCUAAAUGGCUAUGACAUGAGAUCUGAACUCUGACCAAGAAAUUAAAUAAAAUCUCAAUUUAUUAAAUUGGUUAACAGAAUUCUCAUGUGGAGCUCUUUUAAACAAGAACAUAGUAGUAUCUCAUUUCCGUUAUGUUCAUUUGUUUCUCUUCUAGUAGGGUAUAUCCUGGAGCCAUAGUACAGUCUGAUUUGUAGAAAACUGCCAAGUUUGUCCUUGUACUAUAUGUUUUUUAACCUUUAAACAAAAUCUGAUUUCCAAAGGUCUUCGUUUACAUGGUACUUCAGCUUGUUCUUUAUCUUCCACCCUUUCUUUAAGGUGUCAUUUACCACUUCCAAAAUUUAAUUAAUAGCACAAUAUAGGGUCUUUUUUUUACGUUGGCCUCCUGCUUUGAAGUGUGCAUUAACAUUUGAGCAGACUGCCUUGCGCAAUUGUGUUGUCAAUGAAAUUUUCAGUCGCCUGUAUCUCUGACUGUGAUUGUUGACUGUGUCAUGAUCAUUUCAAGGGGUAUGCACUCUUUAUUCUGGCUCUUACAAGAUGAAUGCAGUUAGGAUUUCCCAUGGAAAUUGCAAUCUGUUUAAUUUAACAACUAUAUUAAACACUGUUUCACUUGUCAAUCAGUCUUUUCUGGUUUUUCAUUAUUGGUUUAUAAAAAUCUAAGACGUUUGUCACUGUGCUUUAAAAUGACAACUGGACGUUAUUUUGUUGACCUCCCAAAUAUUUUUUCAAGGUGAUAUAUCUGAUCUGGCUUCAGAAAUGCAUGCGACCAAAGUAUGCUUUUGAAGCAGAAAGAUUGUCUUGGCAGAAGAGUCAUGCAAAAGUAUUGCCAUACUCCAUCAGGCGAACACGUAGCGUCUGGGACAAAGGAUUUUGAAAUGAAAGAGUCAGCUGUUUUGUUUGAUUUCUGAAUCAAAGCUCAGUGAAACUGAACUUUAUAGGGACUUAAAAGAGGGACUAGUAUAGGGGAAGACAGGCCAAAACAAGUAGCCCUUCCUGUAUAUAAAUGCAAUGCACUUUGCAUUAAAUAGCAUCCCUAGCUAAAACAAACUCUCAUUUGAGUAUACAUAGAAACUAAUUUCAUACAGGCAAUCCCUUGACUUGCAGCCAUUCGUUUAGCAACCAUUCAGAGUUAAAACAGCACUGAAAAAGUAACUUACUUACUUACUCACACUUACGACUGUCACAGCAUCCCCGCAGUCACAUGAUCAGAAUUCAGGUGCUUGGCAACUAUCAUGUAUUCAUAAUAGUUGCAGUGCCCUAGAAUCAUGCAAUUGUCAUUUGCAACCUUCCCAGUCAACUUCUGACAAGUCAAGUCAAUGGGAGAACUGGAUUCAUUUAAUGACUGCAGUGAUUCAUCUUGUUAGGUGAAAUGGCAAAAAAAUGGUCAUGAAGUUGGGCAUAAUUUAAUUAACAUCUGCCUUUAGCAAUAGAAAUUCUGAUCCCAGGUGUAGUUGUAAGUCAAGGGCUACUUGUAUAAGAAUCUUCUUUGCUGAUUCUUGUUGUGAAAUCUGGUGUUGAAUUGCAAGAAGGAAGGUCUCUUUUUCCAAAGGCACUAAGAGACAAAUCAAAUCAACAGAAUCCUUAGUAUGCAGAAAGAGACGCAGAAGGGAUCCUCCCUAAACGUUAACAGGAUUUACCCGACAGCCUGCGCUUUUUGUCUGGCAAGAUAAAUGUUGGGAUGUGACUCAAUAAAUUACUCAGAGUAGUUUGUUGCGGUUGUUGCCCGUAGACAGGAAACUUGCCAGAUUAAAGCACACUCUACAUAACUAUCAGAAAAUCCUGUGAAGAUUUGGGGAGGAUCCUUUCUGCGUCUCUUUCUGCCUAAAAACAACUCAAUGUUAAUUUGUCUAUUAGCUCCUUGGGGAACAGCCUUUCCCUCCUGCAAUUCAAUGCCAGAUACCACCACACUCUAUGUGAAAAUGUUCACCCUAUGUAAAAAAAAAUUUUUAAACAUUCAUAGAAAUAUAUUAUCUUCAUUCAAAGACUAUAUAAAAGUGAUGUAGUUGAACAAAACAACUGAAAAAUUGACUUUGCAAUUAUUUGACUAAAAAUAUGCCAUUCCUUACGGCUGAUAUUGUCCCUGUUGGCAGAAACAUCUUCUUAGCAGUAGACAUUUCUUAGAACUGUGUCCCAAUCUCUGAUAUUGACUGGGGUUUUUUUUUCCCAUCAUCCAUGCAGAUUUUUUUUCCAGCUGUUAAAUGUUUCAAAGAUUCUGCACAGCCCGUUUCAAAUCAUCCCACAGCAUCUUGAUGGAAUUAAGAUCUGGGUUUUGAUUCAGCCAUUCUAGAAAUCUUUGUUUUUUCCCCAGCUAUUCCUUGGUGGAUUUACUGGAAUGCUUAGGGUUAUUGUCAUGUUGCGUGGUCCACUUUCAGUUCAAGUGCAAUCUUCUAAUAGAUGGUCUCACAUUACUCCCAAGUGCCCUCUGGUACAAUGAAGAAUUCACAGUAGGUUCUGUGAUGAUGUACUGCCCAGCCCAAAACUAUAACAGUUCCCCACUACCAUGCUUUUCAGUUGGAUCAGGUUAUGAAAAAAUGCUGUGCCAAACAUGUCUUUUAGUUCUGGGGCCCAGUAACUGUUAUUUUUGCCUGGUCUAUCCAGUGCUCAUUUUUCCAGAAGUCCUGUCACUUGCCUCAGCUUCUGCCCACCUAGCAGUUCAAAAAUAUGUUACAUGCAAGUAGAUAAAUGAGUACUUCGGUGAGGAGACGAACUGGUGUUUCAUGUAGGCAGGCAGUUUCCUGCCGGUUCUGAAACUUCCCAGUUGUGAUGCCCAUUUGCGAGGGAAAAGACUUUGGAUGACCCUGCAGGAAGAGCCGCCCAUCUUUCUUUUGAUGCGAAACUAGUUUGCCCUCCUGUGGUGCACCUUGGAAAGCGCGUGAACAUGUACCACAACAGAGCUAGUAAAUUGGCAGCCAAACUACUACUCUGUAUUAGCAUUGUAGUCUCCUGGCUAAUGUAACACCAUACGCUAAAUAAAUAAAAUAAAAUAAUAAAUAUUGUUGAAAUGAAGGUCACAUAUCUCUGCUGAAAUUUUUUUGAAAACACCAAUACUUUCAAUGGGGGGGUGUACUUACUUAUUCAGAUGACUGUAUAUUUCUUCUAUUUAUCACUGUAGGGCUCAACUGUACUUGAAAAUGUCUUGAAGUAAUGAUAUUAAGUUUGGUUUAUGCUCUGAAAAGAUACAGAGGCCUGAAGAUAUUUUGUAGAUAACUGAUUUAAGCAGCAAUCUCCUUUCUCAAUAAAAAAAAAUAGUGAGCUUCAGAUGAAUGUUUAUUUAUACUUCUAGCAUAUUGAAGUCAUUAUCAUUAUCCCUAUUGCUGGUCUGCUGUUUCCUGUACUGUUCUCGGUUGCUAUUUAUAUAUUUAAAUUUAUUACAGAUGCUCUAGGUGGCUUAUAAAAAUUCAAAAACAGUAAAAAUAGUUAAAAUCAUAAAACAACAUAAACAGUGCAGAUUGAAACAGUCAAAACAGUUUUAACAGAAAACCACAAAUGGGGCACGACAAAUACCUGAAUCUCAGGAUUGGGACCAAGGCCAGGCCUUAAGGACUUUUGCGUGUCCUAGAGAGAGGGCAGGAGCCAUGGCAGAGAAGACACACUUCCUCAGUCUCUAAAGAUGACAGUAAUACUGGUAGUUCUUGGCUUACAAUAGUUCAUUUAGUGACCUUUCAAAGUUAUAAUGGCACUGGAAAAAGUAACUUAUGACUGUUUUGCACCCUUAUGACCAUAGUAGCAUCCCCAUAGUCACCUGAUCAAAAUUCAGACACCAGGCAACUGGCAUCAUAAUAGUUAUACUGUCCUAGGAGCAUGUGAUCACUUUUUGUGACCUGACAAUGUCAGUGGUGAAGCCAGAUUCACAUAACCACUGUGUUAUAAUUUAAGUGCAGUGAUUCAUUUCACUGUGGCAAGGAAGGUCAUAAAAUGGAGCAAAAUUCAAUAACUAUUUUCCUUAGCAACAGAAAUUUGGGGCGGCUUAAUUGUAAGUCAAAGACUGUCCAUGGAAGGAUCCUGGAGCCCACCCGCUCUGCCUGAACGUACCAGAAAGACUGAAAUAACUGGAGACAGGCAGUUUCUCACACAUCCAGGCUGUGUCAUGAAGGGCUUGAUAGGUGAUGACUAGCAACUUGAAUUGCAACCAGUAGCUGACUGGCAACCAAUGCAGUCUAAGAAGCAGCAGGUACUGCUACUCAUUACUGUUUGUUUACUGCAUUUUGAAUCAAUUGUAGCUUCCGGAGUGUACUACACUAAUUCAGUCAUGGAGUAACCAGGGCACAACUGGGCCUGAAGGGCCUCCAGCUUGAGGAAACGGCAUGACUGGGGCACAAGAUGAACCUUUGCCAAGAUCCUCCUAGUCAUAACUGUCACCUGCUCUUUGAGCAACAACUCUGAGUCCAGAAGGACCCCAAGUUCCGCACCAGUUUCAAAAGGAUGGUGGUGGUGGUAGUAGUGCUGCUGCUGCCCAAGCCAAGAACAAUGAAAUCAUCUCCGAAUCUGAGGCCACACAGCCACACCUAGCAAAUCUUGCCAGGAUUGAGCCAAAGCCUGUUCCGCCCCAGCCAGACCCAAACGGCCUCAAGACAUUGAGGCUACACAACACCAGCUUCAUUUGCACAGUCUGGGGUUGAGAUAUAAAACUGGGCGUCACCAUCAUACAGAUACUAGAAUCCUGAACUAACAGAUGACCUCACCUAGUGUUUUAUGUAAAAAGGAGAGGGGGUGGAAUGUCGAGCCAGGAGGCAUCCCAAAAUGAGAGGCCAGGGGCACAAUCUCUCCCCAUCAAUGGAGGCUGCAAUACAGUUCCUCCCACUUCCAUCUUCCAUAACUAAUCCAGAAGGACACUGCAAUUGAUAUUAAAAACCCAUGAGGUCAAAUUGCACAAGAAUGGAUGCAUAACCUCCACUCUGCCAGACACCAAAGGUAAUCAACAAGUUGAGACCAGAGUUGUUCCCAUACCUUGCCCUGGUCUGAAACCCAACUGAAACAGGUCUAGAUAAAUCAUUUAUUCCAAAAUCUAUGUAACUGCUGUCUGACCACCUUUUCCACAACCUUCUCCACAAACAGAACAUUGAAGACUGGAUAAUAACGGACCAGAAUGGGGGUGGUGGUCAAGAAAUGACCUCUUAAGGGACAUGUGGAAUGGUGUUAAAAGGAAUGUGGAGUCCAACAGAGAAAACCUUUUCUUGUUAAGUUGUUCUCCUGCUCUUACCUAUAAUGCAAAAAACUCCAAACAGCUUAUACUGGGAACAUUCUAAGCCGCAUGGAGGGAAUAAACUUAGAUUCAUCUUUUUAAAUCAAGUCUUUGCGCAAGCAGUAAACUAUUCUGUUCCACAGUAAAUGCUAUAAACUAGUUUUCCAAAAUUUCCAGAAUUGGAAACUAGUGUUUCCAAACUGGUUGGAACUAGUGACCGUGAUGUUAGACCUGCCUGGGCUGGUAGCUAAAAUUGAAUAAUUAAGAACAAUGAUCAUUAACUGGACAACUACAAAGAUACGACGUUCUGCCUAUACCACACAGAAUCUGGCUGUUUUGCCAUCACAAAGCAUGAUGAAAUCUUUCUGUAUUUUAUAGGCUUGACAUUAGCAACAGACGAUAAGUUUCAACCCUAGAUACCUGAACAAAUGAUUUUUACUAAAUUGGACUACAAUUUAAUACAUUUACACACUGAUUUGUUUAAUGACAGUUAUCUAUAUAAGUUAUUGUACUAUAUGAUUAUAUAAUGCUGCCAACUCAUUUAACUAUAGUUUAUAGUGAUUGGGCAUUUAUACUUGCGGGGAGGAACACUAGAAAUUAAAACUUACAAAAGUUGCCCAAUCCUUAAUUGAAAAUAACUCUUUGGCAUCUAUCUGAAUAAAUCUACAACUUGUAACAAUAGCUGCAGGCAAAUUUAUAUUACAAAAAGUGGAAGAUAUUUUUUGUGAUGUGAAAUUAUUUUACAUGUUUCAGGAAUAUGCACACAUUUUUGAGAUCACUGUUAUCAUUUGGCCCUCUAUGAAAUAUUCAUCAUGAGAUAUUUUAUACUUUCUUACUCUGUAUGUUCUUAUACUGUAAGAACAUGAAUACACACCAUAAAUUUAAUUAAGGCAUUAAAGCACUGGCUUUUCAUUGCUGGCUUAGUGCAGUCCCAUAAAGUACCAUAAUCACAUUACCGUAGAAAAGGAUCCAAUACAUGAAACACUGAAAAUUACUGUGUAUUACAGGCAAAAAUACAGAAGUUAGGCUUUUAUAAACUGAAGCCACAGUAAAAUUUAUUUUUUGGCUUUGUAUUAUAUUAACUGAACCAAUUAUGGCUUAUUCAAAUUGUGAUUAAGCAAAUCAUGGCUUAAUGUACUAUGCAAGCCCAAUCAAAGAUUUUUUUUUCCUCCACUGAAUCAGUCUACAAUUAUCACUACUUGCAGAUGACAUGCAAUUCAAGUCAAGAGACAAAUCGGUUAUUAAUGGGGAUUAGGUACUCCAAAAACAAAUCCAUCUCAUUUGCAAUCUUUUUAGAAAGUUUCCAAUUAUCUUUUAGCACACCUGCUUCAAUAUAAUUCUUCCUUUAAAAUAAAUGUUGUAAGAAACUGUAAUUUCAUAAUGCAAGGAGGAACGUUUAAUAAUAGUUUUUGCUGGAACCAAAUUUUGCUUAGAGCUUCCAAUGUUGACAGUAUGAUUUUACUCCAGUGGUUCUCAACCUUUUCUUCACCACAGACCCCCUUUAAAUACCUUUUGUGGCCACGGACCAUGGCCACAGACCCCAAGACUUAACUCAAGACUUAAAUCAUAAUAUUUCUUCAAAUCUUUGUGGAUCCCACAUGAUGACAUCGUGACCCUCCAGGGGUCCACAGACCACAAGUUGAGAACCACUGUCUUACUCUAUUCUGCAAAUUAAUUCACCCAGAGAAACUAAGAAAUUAGUAGCAAUAGCAAUAGCACUUAGACCAGCAGUUCUCAACCUGUGGGUCAUGACCCCAUUUGGGGUCGAAUGACCAUUUCACGGGGGUUGCCAAACAACGCAGUCUGCCAUUUCCCCCCCUUUUC